AUGUUUGGCCUUGGCUAUGUGUUUUACUUUGCGUUGUUCAUUGUCAACGGCAUCGCCGUGUUGAGUGAGGACCGGUUCCUCAACCGCAUUGGCUGGGGGUCGCAGCGCAACCAGUUCCAGCAAUACGACGGUGACGACGUCAAGACAAAGCUCGUCAACUUGAUCAACGCCAUCCGCACGGUGUUGCGAGUGCCGUUGAUUGUCAUCAACAUUGUGGUGAUUGUGUACGAGCUUAUCCUCGGGUGA